AUGUCUUCAACAUUCAAAGUCCGCCCCGACAAACCUUUGCCAUUGGACAUCUCCUCUUACCCCAAGCUCUCGCUUGAACAGGCCGGGCAUCUGCGCCACUUCUACAACCUCAGCACGGCGAUAGAUGGCAACUGGCCGCAUAUGGGCUCCCAGGAGCCCGCGCAGGAGUUUCUAGAUGCGUACCGGUACCAGCUCGCGACCAUGGCCUACGCCUCGGGUCUGACCUACUACCACCGCAUGCCCGCUCUGCGCGGGCUAUUCAAGCCCCUGAUCCGCCGUCUGAUCCAUAAGAUGCUCCUGCGUGAUGUAUGGGGCUACUGGUAUCUCACCUCGCAAUCGGGGAUCAUGCUCGAUCCAGAACUGAAAGAGCUUCGCAAGCCCUGGGCGAACCCUGUGGAAGGUAGUCUUACCUUCCACUGGAAUCCGCUGUUCUGGGGAAUGGGUCCGGAAACAUUCGCCUAUGAUAAUCGGAGCCUCCAACGGGCGAUCAUUCAGGAGAUGGAGCGGAACAAAUGGGUGGGGGUUUGCUGCGAGCCGAACCUGGUUUUCGUGGCCUGCAAUCAAUUUCCUAUAAUUGCUAUGCAUCUCAAUGACUCACGGGACGGCACCAGAGUUACGGAUGAGGUCUUGGGAAAGUACAAAGACGCUCUCGAGAAGAAAGACAUGAUCUCUCAGAAUACCCUGUUUAAAGACUGGGUUAGUGUGAAACAGGGUUACACUGCAAUAGCGAGGAGUGUGGGCUUCACCGCAUGGGCUGCUGCAUUUAUGAAUACCUGGAACUCGGACUUUGUUCGUGCCGGCUUCGACUGCCACGCGACUGGAUUCAUCACCAAUAUUGACGGAAAAGUCGAGCUUCAACACCCCAUGGUCGCAGGUGUUUACAGAGAAGCCGUGGCGAAGGAAAAUGUUUCCCAAACUUCCCGUUCGAAGAUACUGCGAAAGGCACGAGAUUUUUAUUUAGCAAACCGGGCCACUAUCAAUUUCCCCUACAACGAACCGACUUUCGGAUAUGUUGUCAAAUGGCUUUCAGAGCUCGGUAAGACCACGGAGUUGGACGGAAUCCUUGCCUAUGCCGACGAACACCUUCAGCCGACCUGGGAAAAGGGUGGGCUAUAUUACCCGCGGAAUGAUGUAGCAACCGAUGAGCACGGCCACUGGACACAUAUGGAUCCUUUCUCUGGUAACGCGGCGAUUGGCUACUCGCGCCUGAAUGUUGAGAACGGAAUGAAGAAAAUGUAUGACUCGCCAUGGACCAAAGACACCCUGGCCAGCCGCCCGCAUGUUGAUGGUUUGGAUCUAUCACAAGGGGUGGAUUGUUUGCGAGGCGUGUGGGAUGAGAGCCGGAGUGCCCUGGUUGUGACUGUGCGUGAAUGGGCGGGUCAAGGAGCCAGUAUUAGCUUCAAGGUCACCAACCUUCCAACUGGUGUAUGGAUGCUUUAUACCUCAAAGCAGCCGAGCUCGGUUCAUGAGGUUGCGGAGAAAGCGGAAAUCUUUAUCCAUAAGACUCUCGAAGCAAAUGAGGAAGUGGACUUUGUACUCAUUAGGAACGAACAGUUUAGGCUAGAAUAA